AUGCGACUUCAAUCGGGACAGAGAACUAUAUGUAUUUUCCUUGUACUUCUCGCUACAGCUGUUUGUCUCGCUCUAUUCCUGGAUAAUCCAAGCAGCGAUAAGCAUUUCAUAAUUCUUUGCUUUGUGGUUUUCGCCACCGAUGCCUCAUUCUUCGCGGUUAUUUUCUACAGUAUCUAUACAGACUUGCGAGCAUCAGCGCAGCAAGCAAUGGGACUUCGAGCACUGUGGUGUUUCUUGUACCCUUUCAACACAGUGCAUACGGGGCAAUUCAUUUGUAUAACAUGCAAAGUCAUAUUCGAAGUUCUGCUUGCUGUGAAGUUGACAUUCGGAAUAUCAAUUCCGUACUGCUUAUUUUUUAUUACAUUGUGGGUAUUUUGCGGUAUAAUUUUCUAUGAUCUCACCAGGCGACUAUAUUCGAUUCAGAAAAAAGUUAGCCGACGUUAA